AUGUCAUUUCCAAAUGGUACGAUCCUGACUCCAGCUUCAUUCAUCCUAAAUGGCAUCCCUGGUCUGGAAGAAGUGCAUCUGUGGAUCUCUUUCCCCCUGUGCACCAUGUACUGCAUUGCUAUCACAGGGAACUCCGGUCUUAUGUACCUCAUCUACUCUGAAGAGGACUUACACAGACCUAUGUACAUCUUCCUAGCCCUUCUUUCUUUCACAGACAUGCUCAUGUGCACCAGCACCCUUCCCAACACUCUCUGCAUAUUGUGGUUCAACCUCAAGGAGAUUGAUUUUAAGGCCUGCCUGGCCCAGAUGUUCUUUGUGCACACCUUCACAGGGAUGGAGUCUGGGGUGCUCAUGCUCAUGGCCCUGGAUCGCUACGUAGCCAUCUGCUACCCUCUGCGCUAUGCCACUAUCCUCACUAAUUCAGUCAUUGCCAAGGCCGGCCUUGUCACUUUCUUUAGAGGUGUGAUUCUUGUCAUCCCUUUCAUUUUCCUCACCAAGCGCCUGCCAUACUGUAGGGGCAAUGUCAUACCCCACACCUACUGUGAUCACAUGUCUGUUGCCAAGAUAUCCUGUGGUAAUGUUAAGGUCAAUGCCAUCUAUGGGUUGAUGGUUGCGCUCUUGAUUGGAGGCUUUGAUAUCUUAUGCAUCACAAUCUCCUACACCAUGAUUCUUCAAGCAGUUGUAAAUCUGUCAACAGCAGAUGCUCGGCAAAAAGCCUUUAGCACCUGCACUGCUCACAUCUGUGCCAUUGUCAUCACCUAUGUUCCAGCCUUCUUCACCUUCUUUACCCACCGUUUUGGGAGACACACCGUUCCUCCACAUAUACACAUUAUUAUGGCUAAUCUCUAUCUUCUUAUGCCUCCCACCAUGAACCCUAUUGUGUAUGGGGUGAAAACCAAACAGAUACGAAAAUGCGUCAUUAGGUUCUUCUUUAAGGGAAAGGAGAAUUCUUCUCAAAAUAUUUGA